CACCUCUCAACUGUCAAACCCCCUGCGCAGAUGCACACCAGUCUUCCACACACGCCUUCACACAACCCUGGGGAAGUCUUGGACUGUUCUGGAUUGCAGUUGUCAAAAGAUGGGACCACACACCAGCUGCCCGACAUGGCGCCAUUUUCAUGCUCGAUCCCCCGGACUGACCCGCUCCCAGGCCUCGAAAGGGAUGUGGGAGGAUGUACCGCAGACAAGUGGGCGGCCCGAUCGAUUCUCUUCCUUUUCUCCAUUGCUUAUGCCGGCCUGCCGGGAGCGGCAACGCUAAUGGCUCUGGAGCAGCCGUCUUCUUGGACUCGAGCAGCCCAUGGCCCCCUGCGUGGUCCUGGGAAGGGGCCGUGGAGUGGUAUUGAACCUAGGCGGGACUUUGCGAAGAAGGGGGGUCUGUGA